AUGUCAAACUGGACCCAGGUGACUCACUUCUCUCUGGGGGCGUACUCGGAGCCCGGGCCCUUGCGUUGGCUCUACUUCCUGCUCAUACUGUGUGCGUACGUGCUGAUCGUGGGCUCAAACCUUCUCCUGACGGCUCUGAUCUCCUUGAGCCGGGGCCUUCACCAGCCCAUGUAUCUGCUCCUCUGCUCUCUGUUUGUGAACGAAGUCUACGGGAGCUCGGCCUUGUUCCCCUUCCUGCUCUACCAGGUCCUUCAGGAGGAGCACAGUGUCCCCUACUCCCUCUGCUUCCUCCAGAUCUUCUGCAUCUACCUGUACGCCUGCGUGGAGAUCUUUACUUUAGCCGCCAUGGCGUACGACCGCUACCUGGCCAUCUGCUGCCCGCUGCAGUACCACAGCCUGAUGACGCACAGACAGGUGGCGCUGUUACUGUGUGUGACGUGGUUGGUUCCGUCCCUGUUCAUUGCGGUGCUGGUGUGGCUCAGUGCGUCUCUGCCUCUGUGCGGAAACGUCAUCGAUAAAGUUUUCUGCGGAAACUACUCCAUCGUGAAGCUAGCGUGCUCCGCAACGCGCCUCAACAACAUCUACGGCCUACUGUACACGGUCCUGUCUAUGAUGCUGCCCCUGCUCCUCAUCCUCUACACGUACGGACGCAUCCUGCACGUGUGCGUGUCUGCCCCGGGGCAGGCGCGGCAGCGGGCGCGGCUCCGAGCACUCGGAACCUGCGUGCCGCACCUGGCGUCGCUGAUAAACUUCUCGUUCGGCUGCUGCUCUCAGGUGGUCAUGAGCCGCUUCGACGUGAGCUGGAUCCCCGCGGCGCUGCAGGUGGCGCUGUCGCUCUACUUCUUCGCCUGUCAGCCUCUGUUCAACCCGCUCAUCUACGGUCUCAACCUCAGACAGGUGCGCCAGGAGUGUCAGCGCCUGCUACGAGGAAAGCUCCUGACAGCAUGA